AAAGAAAAGAGUGUGUUGGAACAAGCGAAAUAUAUAUUAAAAAACGAAAAUGUCAAAUAUGUAUCCACCCACAAGCUAACCCCUCAACCUCAUCAACAAACAAGAAGAAGACAUACCCAUCGCAAUCGCAACACGCGAUCUGCACAAGCACACAGCAAUCAGCAAUGGCAUUCCUCGGCGAGUACAGCAGUCAGGAGCUGCUCCAGGGUCAGCUCCUGCUCUGGCACCAGUCCCUCAGCUUCUUUAAGCCCGUCGCGCUCGCGGUCGCCAAGGACCUCCGCAUCGCCGACGCCAUCCACCGCCUCGGUGGCGCUGCCACCCUUCCCCAGAUAAUCGCGGAGGCCGGGAUCAACCCCUGUAAGCUCCGUGCCCUGCGCCGGGUCAUGCGCGUGCUCACCGUCUCGGGCAUCUUCACCGCCGUCCAGCAGCCAGCGACAGCAACGGCCGCGGCGGCGUCGGGUGGCGGCGGCACAGAAGGUCCUGUCUACAAGCUGACGGCAGCCUCCAGCCUCCUCGUCGUCGGAGAGAAGAGCUCGACGGCGGCGGCGGCGGCGACGACGAAGAGCCAGCUGCCUCCUUCUCUGAGCGUGCAGGUGCAGCUCUUUCUCGACCCUUGCCGGGGAUCCGCGUUCAGCAGUGGCAUACGCGCGUGGUUCCGGCAGGACGAGCACCAGCAGCCGGCCGGUCUGUCCCCGUUCGCCUUGGCGUGCGAUGGCCAGACGAUCUGGGAGCGAGCCGAGCGCGACGCCGACGUGUUCCCGUUCGACGACGCCAUGGCCUCGGACAACGCCUUCCUCAUGCCGAUCGUCCUCAAGGAGUGCGGCGACGUCUUCCGUGGUCUGACCUCCCUCGUCGAUGUUGCCGGCGGCCUUGGCGGGGCCGCCUCCACCAUCGCGGCGGCGUUCCCGGACCUCAAGUGCACCGUCUUGGAUCUCCCACAGGUUAUCGCCAAGGCUCCCUCUGCUGCUGGUACCAGUGUGCAGUAUGUUGCUGGUGAUAUGUUUCAAAGUAUUCCACCGGCCGACGCUGUGUUCCUCAAGUGGAUUCUGCACGACUGGAAUGAUGAUGACUGUGUCAAGAUACUAAAGAACUGUAAACAAGCUAUACCUCCACGAGAUGUAGGAGGAAAGGUAAUAAUCAUAGAUAUGGUGGUUGGAUCUGAGUCGUCAGAUAACAGGCACGUGGAAACACAAGUUUUGUUUGACCUCUUGGUCAUGACUAUCGAUGGAGCAGAGCGAGAUGAGCAAGAGUGGAAGAAGAUUUUCUUGGAGGCUGGAUUUGAAGACUAUAAAAUUAUACCAGUCCUGGGUGUUCGAUCUAUCAUCGAGCUCUAUCCUUGAAAGCUUGAUGCUAAACUAAUAAGAAACAAUGUUUCAAACAGCCGGCCAUAGCCACCGUUUUAGCUGGAUUUAGCCUGCUGGAAGCUAAUCCACUUUUAGCGCUAAACACUUUUGCUGCUAUUAGCCGGAUUUAGCCUGCUAAAUUCGUUAAAUAGCACCCCAUUUGCCCUGCUAAUCAGGGGGAAACCGAAACAAGAGGUUGUCGAACCAAUUAAGCAAAGACAAUCCACUUUGAACUUAUGUGUAUAUCGUGUAUGAUUUAUUCGUUUUCGAGACUAUCACUUGAUAGUUGAUAUUUGUAAUAUCUGGUUCAUCUAUUAUUAUUACGUUUA